GGACACUCCCGCGGCCCGGCCGUGUUUGCCUCGGCGCCGUGGGCCAAAGGGCUUACUUUGCGGAAAGGUGCCCACUGGCCAUCCACCAUGUCGGUCUUCCUCUCAGCCUGUCAGCCUGUGGGGACCAAGCCGGGAGAACAAGGAGCCACAGGUGUACCCUCAUGAAGGAAGUCACAUCCCUGUGUGACCCUGCUGUGAGCCCGUGGAGUCCUUGGCCCUGAUCCAGUAUCCGGCUGGUGUAAGUGACCUGGUUCAUGAGCGGUGGAGACAUUGAAAGUGGCUGAUUUUGGAGUAGAGAGCCAGUACCCCAGGCCAUUGCCCGUUCCCUGUCCUGCCUAGAAGCCAUGGCCCUCAGGAGCACGAAAACUCAUGUGAAAUAAGAAAGAAGAGGCCUCAGGACUCGGGGUGCAUUCCCAGUCCACAGACCUUUGACCAGAGGCCUUUUUCCAGAGCAUCAGGACAGAGCAGAGCAGAUUUCCCAGGAACGGGGGAGAAUGAUCAAGUCACAGGAGCUCAGCAGAGCUGAGAGGGCCGAGCCGCCAGGUGUCAGAGUAGCUGGUGACAGCAGCAGCCAGGGUGACCGUAGCCGAGAGUGAUGGCGCGAGUGCGAGCCGGAGGCCGCAGAAGGCACCGACUCCCCAUUACCUUUUCCUGAGGCGUGAACAGCGCCCCGGCCCCGUGUCAGAUAUCAUUUGAGGAUGUGGCUGUGGACUUCACGUUGGAGGAGUGGCAGCUGCUUAAUCCUACUCAGAAGACCUUGUACAGGGAUGUGAUGUUGGAGAACUAUAGCAAUCUAGUUUUCUUGGGUUAUCAAAUGAUCAAACCUGAGGCGAUUUUCAAACUGGAGCAAGAAGAGCCGUGGAUAUUAGGUGAAGAAAUCCUAAGUCAGAACUUUCCAGAAGAAGUCUGGCUAGAUAAUAAUCUCAAAAUGUGGCACCAGGAUAAUCAAGACAAGCUUAAAAGUAUGGAGAGAGGCCAUGAAUAUGACGUCUUUGGGAAAAUGUUUCAUUCAGGCAUUAACUUUGAUCAUUUAGGAAUGAGAUCCCAUAAAUGUGGCACAGGUGAAAAAAGUUUGAAACAUCCUUUUGAUUUUCUUAUUCCAAAAAGUAACUGUGAAAGAAAAAAACUUGAUGAGCUUAAUAAGAAAUUACUAUUCUGUAUCAAGCCUGACAAAACCCAUGGUGGAAUAAAAUACUCUGAUUUCAGUAAAUGUAGAAAAGUCAGCAGUAAAGAGCCAGGGCUCAUUACAAACCAAAUAGCACAUACAGGAGUCUGUUUAUGCAUGGAAUGUGGUAAGGUUUUUAACAAAAAGUCACAGCUCAUUAUACAUCAGAGAACUCAUACAGGAGAGAAGCCCUAUGGAUGCCGUGACUGUGGGAAAGCCUUCGCCCAGAAGUCAUUACUCACAAUUCAUCAAAGGACUCAUUCAGGAGAAAAGCCAUACGGGUGUGGUGAAUGUCAAAAAGCUUUCAGCAGGAAGUCACUGCUCGUUUUACAUCGGAGAACUCAUACAGGAGAGAAGCCCUAUGGCUGCAGUGACUGUGGGAAGUCCUUUAGCAGGAAGUCACAGCUUCAAAGGCAUCAGAGAACCCACACAGUAGAGAAGCCCUAUGGCUGCAAUGACUGUGGGAAGGCCUUCUCCCAGAAAAUAAGGCUCAUUACACAUCAGAGGACACACACAGGGGAGAAGCCCUACAAAUGUAGUGAUUGCGGAAAAGCCUUCUUUUGGAAGUCGCAGCUUAUUACUCAUCAGAGGGUUCAUACAGGGAAGAAACCAUAUGCAUGUAGUGAGUGUAAAAAAGCCUUCAGCAGGAACUCACUCCUCAUUAGGCAUCAGAGGAUCCACACAGGAGAGAAGCCCUAUGAAUGCAGUGAAUGUGGUGAAGCCUUCAUCAGGAAACCGCAACUUGUCAAACAUCAAAUGACUCACACAGGAGAGAAGAACUAUCAGUGCAGGAACUGUGAAGAAGCCUUCUUUAAGAAGUCAGAACUAAUUAGACAUCAGAAAGCUCAUUUAGGAGAAAAACCCUAUGGAUGUGUUGAAUGUGGAAAAACCUUCUUUGGGAAGUCACAGCUCCUGACACAUCAGAGAACUCACACCGGAGAGAAACCUUACGAAUGCGGUGCCUGUGGGAAAGCCUUCACCCAAAAGUCCAGCCUGGUAUCUCAUCAGAGGACACACACAGGGGAGAAACCCUAUGAGUGCAGCGAGUGUGGGAAAGCCUUCAGUGAGAAGUCAAGCCUCAUUCACCAUCAGAGAACCCACACUGGAGAGAAACCCUUCGAAUGUAGUGAGUGUAGAAAAGCUUUUGCCUGGAAGCCACAGCUUCUUAGGCAUCAGAGAAUUCAUACAGGGGAGAAACCCUAUGAAUGCAGUGAGUGUGGGAAGGCAUUUGUUCAGAAAGUACAGCUCAUUAAGCAUCAGAGAAAUCAUACAGGAGAGAAGACCUAUGGAUGCAGUGAUUGUACAAAAGCUUUCUUUGAGAAGGCGCAGCUCAUUAUACAUCAGAGGAUUCAUACAGGAGAGAGACCCUAUAAAUGUGGGGAAUGUGGGAAAUCUUUCACUAGAAAGUCGCACCUUAUGAGGCAUCAAAGGAUCCAUACAGGAGAUAAAUGCUAUAGAUGCAGUGAAUGUGGGACAACCUUCCACAGGAAGGCACAGCUCCUGAUACAUCAGAGAAGUCAUAUGCUGUAGACACGGGGUGAGUGCGGUGAGUAUGGGGAGUCUGCCAUCAGGUGUCAGGCCCCUCACACUCCAAGGACAUGUACAGGAGAGACACCCUGUCACUGCAGUGACUGUCUCACCAUACAGAAUUCAGAAAGAGAACUUUUUUUAAGUAGGCAAUAUAGGAAAGCCUUCUCCCAGAAAACAAAACUUAUUACAUAUUGAUGGCUCCUCAGUGUGGAAGUCUUAGCAGUAUUGUGAUAAGUACAGACCUUUCAGUCAAAAGUGACAGCCUGUUAAAUAUUUAGAAGACCUAAACAGGAGAAAAACUCAAUUGUUAUAACAAGUAAGUGAAAGAUUUCACCGGGAAAGGGUAACUCAGAGUACACUAGAGAAUACAUACACAAAGGAAAUACUGAGUAUUAUAUAUCAGAGAUCUCAUGCAGAGGAGUAGUUCUAAUAACUUGAAGAAUUUGAUAAGCAUGAUCCUAUUAAAAUAAUUCUAAAAGGAAGAUGUGUACAUUAUAUAUAAAUUAUUAUAAGAAAAUAGGCAUUUUAAAGUGGUAGCUGUGUUUUAUGUGUGAAGACUUCUGCUUUCUGCUAUGGUGCUAUAGGAAGAACCAGAUAAACUCUCCUGCCUUAAGCAGCUAGAAACCGUACCAUUUAUGAAAUAGUGGUUUUUAGACAUAUGUCAAACACAGGUUUCUGAUCCCUGGCAGGAGGUGGACAUGGUGAGGAGAGCCCCACGACUGCCCAGCCUAGGCCCUGGGGGCAGUGUCCAGGCUGCAGGUCAGGGAGGGGAAUGAACGUGGUCCUGCUGGACUGAAGAGAGUUGCCGAGUUGGCACCUGGGGAGCCCUGGUGGCUAGAAUUUGCAGGGAAAAGUGCUGGAUAGGAAGGAGCUUCCCAGAGAUGGCCAGCAGAAAUCCGCAGUGAGUCCCCCCUUGAGUCUUUGGGCUUUAGUGCUGAUUCACACGUGUGUGGAAGGAAGCUGAGACCAGGAGAGCAGCACUGGAGAGCAGUGAGCUGGGCGAGCCCUGGAGCUCAGCGCAGGUGGGGACAGUUCACGUUCCCACCAGCCACACGAAAGCACAUGAGCAUCAAGAGAGUUCCCAGAACAAUAUUGUCUUGGUGGGGAGGGCAACUAAACCUAGAUUAAAAGCUACUCUACCCACAGUGACUGACGUCAAAACACUUACCUGGCAUGCCAAGGGGCAGGAACAUAUGACUUGUAACAGGAGGAAAAUCAGGCAGUAGAAAGAGAAAAGACUGAAGUGAUUGGAAUUAGUAGACAAGGAUGUUCAAAUAGCUAUUGUAAGUAUAAAGUAGAGGAAAACAUGAAUUUGACGACACAUGAGUGGAAGAUACAUUUUUAAAAGCUCAAAUGGAACUUCUCAGGAUGAAAACAACAUCUGUAAAUUUAAAAAAAACUGGAUGGAAUUAAGAACAUAUUAGACAUAGAAGAAGGAAAACAAUGAAUUUGAACAGUAAGUAUAAAAAUUAUCCAGGUGAAUGAUACACACAGAGAGAAAAAGACGGGGGGGAAAGAACAGGGAAUUAGUUACUGUGGCAUAACAUACAUGGAAUGGGAGGUCCAGAAAGAGGAGGGAGAAAAGGGAUUUGGAUAAACAAUGGCUGAAAAAUAUCCACAUAUGAUGAAAAGUAUAACUCCACAUGUUCAAUAAGCUCAAAGGACCCAACACAUAAGAAACAUAAAGAUGCCAAUGGACAUCAUUGUCAAAUUGAUGAAAACCAGUGUUAAGGAGAACGAUUGUAAAAUGCCUGAAGAAAAAGACACAACACGUUCACAGAGCAAAGAAUAACAACAUACUUCUGGUCAGAAACUAUGCAAACUAGAAGACAGCACAGUGACAUCAUUAAAUUAUGAAAGAUAAAAAAGAAACCUCUGGGCUUCCCUGGUGGCGCAGUGGUUAAGAGUCCGCCUGCCGAUGCAGGGGACACGGGUUCGUGCCCUGGUCUGGGAAGAUCCCACAUGCCGCGGAGCGGCUGGACCCGUGAGCCAUGGCUGCUGAGCCUGCGCGUCCGGAGCCUGUGCUCCGCAACGGGAGAGGCCACAACAGUAAGAGCCCUGCGUACCGCAAAAAAAAAAAAAAAAAAAAGAAACCCCUGCAACCUGGAGUUCGGUUGCCUGUCAAAAUCAUCUUCCAAAAGUGAAAGCAAAAAAGACUUCAAAGAAACAAAAUCAGAGAGAGUUCCUGCCAUAAGGAAACACUGAAGGAAAUUUGGGGACAGCAAGAAAAGAACAUUCUGGAAAUGGUGAAUGUGUGGGUGAAUAUGAAAGAUUUUUUUUCUCAUUUAAAAAUGUUUCAAAAAGUUAAUGGACUGCUUAAAACCAAAGUAAUGACAACAUACUUGGGGUUAUGAUCUAUUUAGAAGUAAAGUGUAUGACUACGAUAGCACUUAAGUGUGAAUCUUUAAAAAUAGUUGAAUAGACCGUGUUGUCUGAGACAGGGGCUCGGGAUGACUUGUGUUUGUAGCAACUGCACGAUGGAAGCUGUCUGUGUUAUGGAUCUGUGCACGUCUCCACACCCAUUCUCCUUUUUCUGCUCUGCAUGCCCAGAGGAAGUGCACGACUGCUUCCUAGGGUUUCUGCUCAGGUUCACACAGGGAGGUAUGUGUCAGCCCUCCUCCCUCCUGCUGGUCUACAGACACCCAGAUGGCUGCAGCUCCCUGGUCGUCAGAUGUAAGGGUGUUAACUGCUUCUGGGGGCUUCACCAUCCCUCCUGGUUGGUUUUCUUAAUUGUGAACACAAAUCUGUAAAUAGUCCCUUUAUUAAAUGUUCCUGAGUUAAUAAUUUGAGUGUAACAUUUGUUUUCUGUGAUGUGUUAAAUGAUGAACAUUUGCCCAAAUUUUGUGUAUCAGUUCCUGGUCCACGGGGCAUAGACUGACAUCUGUCAAGAUUUCUCACACUCUGGGCUUCCCUGGUGGCGCAGUGGUUGAGAGUCCGCCUGCCGAUGCAGGGGACACGGGUUCGUGCCCCGGUCCGGGAAGAUCCCACAUGCCACGGAGCGGCUAGACCCGUGAGCCAUGGCCGCUGAGCCCGCACGUCCGGAGCCUGUGCUCCGCAACGGGAGAGGCCACAGCAGUGAGAGGCCCGCGUAUCGCAAAAAAAAAAAGAUUUUUCACACUCAACAUCAGUGUUUUCUCUUUGUGUUUUAAUAAUUCAGUAGAAAUUAUAACAGUUUUUUGUGUUUUUUGUUGUUUUUCUGCAAACAUAAAUGGCUCUGGAGAUCAUUACCAUCUGCUCCAUAUGCCGGUGGCCUUGCAGUUAUUACUAGACUUUCUUCACUGAUAGAAACCGAAAUGUUUAUGAGGUCUUUAUGCUGCCUCUGGGUUAGCUGAACACCUUACAAGAAAGCGUUGUUAUUUAUGUUAAAUGUGUACAGACAAGAAAAAGGUAGCCCAUUACUGAGUGAAGAAAGAAAGGAAUGAUGUACUGUACUUCGUGUACUCUCAGUUUAAAAACUUGUGCUGCGCAAUUAAAAUACUCUUAUUCAGUA